AUGGCGAGGUUGAUUCUGAGCAUUUUCCUCAGUCUGCCUGUGCUGACGUGCACUGUGAAGACACACAUCACAGUGAGAACUGUGAAGGAGGAGCUCAACAUUCAAAACGUGGAGCAUCCAGAUGAUGGUGUUAUUGUACGCAUCAUCGACCCUCCACAGGACUCGCCUGAAGAAGCCGCCGAGGCGCCUGCCGAUGCAGAGCAUAGUGAACAUGCAGAGGCCGCGGAGGCUCAUGGACACGAAGAAGAAGCGCAUGGUGAGGCACAUGCUGACGAUCAUGCCGCCGAUGCUCAUGGGCAAUCAGAGGAACACGAGGACGAUCCUGUCGAGAGCACGGUCACAGUGAGCAUCAUGGAGCUCAUGCGGAGGGAGACCAUGGAGACCAUGGUGAGCAUGGCGAACAUGGGGAGCACGGUGAUGGACAUGGGCACGAAGGCGGAUGGCGCUCACGAGGGCCACGGACACCAUGCGCCCGACGAGAAGACGCUGACCGCCUCCUACAUGCUGAUCGGCGGCGUGACCCUUGUGAUGGCCAUGUUCUACCUGGUGCAGCACCCGGACUUGGACAUCCGCUACUACAGCUGGAACAUCCUCACCUUGUCUGCAUGCAUCUUCAUCGCUGUCUUGGCCUCCGAUGUGGUGAAUCAGUGCGCCAAGCGCUUCCUCUUCAGCGGCAUCAAAGUGGGCGGCUGGGGACCUGUCCUGCUGGACGUGGCCUUGGCGGUGAUGUGGUUCUUGGCCUCGCAGCUGGUGACCGCCGCCCUGAGCGGCGCCUUCGGCGAGGAGGCCAAGGAGCCCAAGGACGCCAGCAGCGAGGAGGAGCGCCAGGAAUUGGAGGAGCUUUGGGAGCAGAGGGAGACGGCCAUGAAGUGCUGGGGUGGCCUGGUCGCCCACUGUGCUGGCUUCGCGAUCGUGGCCACCUUGGCAUCGCUACAGGACUCGGAGCCUUUCAGCAGCUCUCCUGGGAUGUCUCUGGCAGUGGUUCCAGCUGCGCUCUUGUUGGUCACCCUCCUCUACCGCCUGGCUGCCUUCACCCGGAAGAAGAUCAGCGAGAUGGAUGACGGCGUCGUCAGUCGGGGCGAAGCCUUGUGGGACGAGAUCUCGGAAGAGGCAGAGAACGAGUCCUUGUGCCUGGGACUGUCCUUUGCGGCCAUCCGCAGCAUCAGCUUCUUUGCCAUUGGUGCCAUGCCAGACACUCACUUCCACAUCUACUCGGACGUGUCCAAUGCGAAUUGGCAUCGUGGAUGGAUGGUGCUGGCCGGAGUCUCCGUGGGCUGCAUGGUGAUGGGAAUUAUCACCUUGAAGAUCAAGGAGUCUGCGUUUGGUGGACACGGGCAUGGAGCACACCAGUCCGAUGAGCAUGGCGGACACGAGGUGGUGGAACACGAUGAAGAUGACAUCCGCUUGCGCGGCUUGUUGAUCCUUUCAGAGACGUUCAUCAUGAGCUUCUCCUGGGGUAUGCUUUCUUGUUCCAUCUCCAUGCUGAACGCCUUCUUGCCGCACCUGGAACACCACCUCAUCGGUCAUCUCAUCGUCGCACUGGUGGUCUCCGCCCUGUCAUGUGUCAUGCUGGUGUCCUUGGACAAGGUGGCCGACUACUUGAAGGCGAGUGGCGACGCGGACUCAGCGGUGCACAUCAUCCAACACAUUAUCUUGGCCCAUGGUUUGCUGAUUGGUAUCAGCUGGGAGGUAUGCUUCGCCAUCGGCAUGCAUGCGAUCGGCCAUGCCAUGGAGGGUCCCAAUGUCGAUGUCUACUUGGCACUCUUCCUAUGCCUCGUGGUGGUCCCAGCCUACCGACUCUUCAUGUUGCCGGAGCUCAAGCAGCGUGAGGCCAAGGUCAAGUGCCAUUGA